AACCUCAGAGCAGAGCCAGCCCUGCUCCCGUCCUGUGCCUCAGUCCGGGUCAGCCAGCAGCCCCCCUCCCACUGGGACCACCAUGAGCCCAGCCCUCUCUGCCCUGCUGUGCCUCGGGCUGUGUCUGGGCCACAGGACGAGAGCGCAGGAAGACGAGCUCCCCAGACCCUCUCUCAGGGCAGAGAAUGGGUCCCUGGUGCCCCUCGGGAGAAGGGUGACCUUCAGGUGCCGGGGGUCACCGGGGGCUGCUGAAUACUUUCUGGUGAAAUAUCUGGGAUCUGGAUUCCAACGUAUCGACUCCGAGCUGUCACAGGAAGUUGAGGUCGAGUUUUCCAUCCCAUGGAUGACACUGAAUCACAUAGGGAACUACUCCUGCCGCUACAGAACAGCGUCCAACUGGUCAGAGCUCAGUGACCCCCUGGAGCUGGUGGUCACGGGUAGAUAUCUGUCACCCUCCCUCUCAGCCUGGCCCAACUCCACGGUGGCCCCAGGACACAACGUGACCCUCCAGUGCCGUUCGCAGCUGCCCCAAGAUCAGUGUGUCCUGUACAAGGACCGAGCACAGGUCACCCAGGCCUCGGCCCAGCCCCGUGCAAGGGGCUCUCAGGCGAGUUUCACCAUCCUUGCUGUGAACUCCACCCACGGAGGGACGUACCGAUGCUACAGCUUUCAGAGUCGCUCCCCCCAUCAGUGGUCAUCCCCCAGUAACCUCCUGGAGCUCAGGGUCACAGGUCCUGCAGCCCAGGAUUACACGGUGGGCAACGUCAUCCGCCUCAGUCUGGCCGGGCUGGUGCUCGUCCUCCUGGGGGUCCUGCUGGCUGAAGCCUGGAACAGCUGCAGGGGAUGCCCAGGGGGGGCUCCCGCAUCUUCUGACAGAGGGGAAGCCGGGGCUGGGGGUGUCCACACCAUCCCCAUCAAGCGUCCGGCAGGAGCCAUCCACCUGAGCCUUCUCCCGAACAGCUUUGGCCAUCAUGGCUCUGGGGGCCCUAGGCCCACCCUGACCAGCGAACUGCCCCCACUGCUCCCCCACAGCACAGGGUCAACAAGGAGGCAGCACCCACAAAGAGGAAGGGGAAGUUUGGUGACCUCAGAGCAGAGCCAGCCCUGCUCACACCCUGUGCCCCGGUCCGGGUCAGCCAGCAGCCCCCCUCCCACUGGGACCACCAUGAGCCCAGCCCUCUCUGCCCUGCUGUGCCUCGGGCUGUGUCUGGGCCACAGGAUGAGGGCACAGGCAGACGAGCUCCCCAGACCCUCCCUCAGGGCAGAGAAUGGGUCACUGGGGCCCCUCGGGAGAAGGGUGACCUUCAGGUGCCGGGGGUCACCGGGGGCUGCUGAAUACUUCCUGGAGAAUAAGAUGGGACGUAACUUAAAAAUUAUCGGCGCCGAGCUGUCACAGGAAGUUGAGGUCGAGUUUUCCAUCCCAUCGAUGACACUGAAUGACACAGGGACCUACUCCUGCGGCUACAGAACAGCGUCCCUCUGGUCAGAGCUCAGUGACCCCCUGGAACUGGUGGCCACGGACCGCUAUGACCCGCCCUCCCUCUCGGCCUGGCCCAGCUCCGCGGUGGCCGAAGGACAGGCCGUGACCCUCCGGUGCCAGUCCGAGAAGCCAUAUGACCGCUCUGCCCUGUACAAGGACGGAGAACAAGUCACCAAAGCCCCGGCCCAGCUCCUUGCUCAGGGCUCUCUGGCCGAUUUCUCCAUCCCUGCUGUGAACUCCACCCACGGAGGGACGUACAGAUGCUACAGCUUUCAGAGUCGCUCCCCCCAUGAGUGGUCAGCCCCCAGUAACCUCCUGGAGCUCAGGGUCACAGGAACCUCAAAGGAUCCUUCCCUCCCCCACAGUCCUGGAGGCAUCCAAGCUCUGAUUCCCUCCCCACCCAGUGAGGAACCAGGUCCUGGAGCCCAGGAUUACACGCUGGGCAACGUCAUCCGCCUCAGUCUGGCCGGGCUAGUGCUCGUCCUCCUGGGGGUCCUGCUGGCUGAAGCCUGGAAUAGCUCCAGGGGACGCCCGGGGGGGCUCCCGCAUCUUCUGACAGAAGGGAAGGCGGGGCUGGGGGGCCCUGAAGCCGCGGAUCCCAAAGACUCCCGGAGUCCUGCCCACACCCAGAGAGACGAAGGGCUCAGCAUGUGGAGGGUCUACACCAAUCUCAUCAUUGGGUGGCGAGUGUCCACACCAUCUCCAUCAUGGGUACGGCAGGAGCGAUUCACCUGAGCCUCCUCCCGAACAGCUUUGGCCGUCAUGGCUCUGGGGACCCUAAGCCCACCCUGACCAGCAGCAGGACCCCCUGCUUCCCGCCCCCCCUCCCUCGACCUCUCCCAAAUCAGAUUCCCCACACCCGGGACAAGCCCGCCCUCCGCUGGCCCCGCCCACAAACGGUCUCUGCCCCAAGCCCUCCUCACUUCCGCUGCCUGGAGUUGCAGACCCGGCUCCUGACGUUCACAAGAAGGCAUUUGCACCCCAGGGCUCCUGAGACCAGAGUCAACUUUCCUGUGGAUCUAAAGGCGCUGCCCUCGCUGCCACCUGGAGCUGCUUCAUCACAGCCUGAGGCUCUUGUCUCAGAUGCUCAACGUGCCCCUUGCCCGUGACCACCAGUGCCCCCAGAGGGCGCCCUUCCCCCAAAGGGCCAGUGGUCCUGAUUCUCUCCUCAAAGGUCCAGAUUUUGCUCCAUGGCCCUGCCUGGGGGAGAUGUGAGUGGAGUCAGUGCGGGGCAAAAAGGAGGGAGAGAAGAGACAUCCGCUCUUCUGUUAUCCAGCUGCUGGAGAAAGGCGCCAUUCCAGCCCCUGCCAGGGAGAAGCACCCAGGACAGGAGCUGCCCGUCUCCACUGGGUCCUGGGGGAAUUUCCCCUUGGCUGAGACUCAGCUCUCCUUCUUCUGGCUGAACUGAGCCACCUCCUUCUCAGGGGGAGAAAGGCCUUUACCCGUUUACCUGCCCCAUGUGCUCCCAUGGAUCCCUUCUCUCGGUUCCGUGCUGCCGUUCACCUGCAUAAAUGGUUCUUUGCUACUG